AUGAUCGAUAUAACCGAGUCUUCCACUUUCAAACCCCCACCGAACAAAUCGAAAUUUUGCGCCGGCCGAUCAUUCAGAUUAAUACCCACAGCAGUACUGUCUGCAGGCUCACCCGCGAGGUUCAGGUCAAGGCGGAGAGAGUGGGGCCCACCAGCCUCGGAAUUUCCUGACGAGUUGAGAUCAAUAUCAAAAAAGCUUUGUGGCUGCCGGGGAGAAGCUGGCCGGAAAGCGCUGGCUGAGGCCGAGAUUUUCAGCCCCAGAUUUCCUUCAAAUUGCAAAGGGGAAGAAGGGGGCCCGCGAGCUAAAGCGGCUCUCGAAGAGGAUAUGAUGGGAACGGGCGUCGAAAUCCGACGGUCAGUGUCGUCCGAAUGCAUGUCUUGGUUCAGGUCGAAACCACACGGGCUUCUAUCCUUAUCUAGGUUCUUUUCGCCAGCUGGCGAUUUGCUUCUGCUAUCGGUUUCCAAAUCGGGAUUUGGCAAGGGAGUUAAAGAAUCAGAUAUAUUAUCUGACUUGCGAUUUUCUUCAACAGCAUGCACAGCAGGCGAACUAUCAUCUACCGAAGAUUCAAUCUUUUCCACGUCAUCACUCGUCGUCCAGCUAUCGAACAAAGCUCGAGCUUUAUCCCGCACUUUAGCACUACUGUGGCUUUUUAAAUCCUCGACAGCUGUCCAUACCUCACUGGACACCAGAAUCUCGCGGUCCGCACGAAGCCGUUCGAGAGCUUGCAGCAGACGAGCAACUGACUCUUCGAGAAAGGAGUUGUUUGGCCAGCAGCCCAAAAAUCGAAGGCCGUCUAAAUGGAUGAAAAGGUCGAGACAUUCUCGGUUCUCAGUGGCAACUAUAGCACUCCCGACAGCUGACCACUGCCUAGUUGCUUCAUUCACGUUCUUCACAAUGUCAUUUUUCUGCUUCUGCAUGACGGACACAAGCUCAUUGACUCGAGAAGGGGCAGUGAGCCCGUUAUUCAUCUCGGUCAAGGUGAAAAAGUCGUCGAGCGUCAUAAUCUCUCGCGAAUUGAGACCCUAA